GGGAAAGGCGCCGCCGCCGCCGCCGAGCGCCGGGCAUGGCCCAGCUGGGCGCCAUCGCGGCGCUCUCCCUCAGCUUCCUGGCCGCCGCCUUCCUCUCCGCCAUCCACAAGAUCGAGGAGGGACACAUCGGCGUCUACUACCGCGGCGGGGCCUUGCUGACCUCCACCAGCGGGCCCGGCUUCCACCUUAUGCUGCCCUUCAUCACGUCCUACAAGUCGGUGCAGACCACGCUGCAGACGGAUGAGGUGAAAAAUGUCCCCUGUGGCACCAGCGGAGGAGUGAUGAUUUAUUUUGACAGGAUCGAGGUGGUGAAUUUCCUCAUCCAGAGCGCAGUAUAUGACAUAGUGAAGAACUACACCGCGGACUACGACAAAGCUCUCAUCUUCAACAAGAUUCACCAUGAGCUGAACCAGUUCUGCAGCGUCCACACACUGCAGGAGGUCUACAUCGAGCUGUUUGAUCAGAUUGAUGAAAACCUUAAGCUGGCCUUGCAGCAAGACCUGACUACAAUGGCCCCUGGAUUAAUUAUACAGGCAGUUCGAGUUACAAAGCCCAACAUCCCUGAAACAAUCCGGAGGAAUUAUGAGCUCAUGGAGAGCGAGAAGACAAAGCUGCUGAUUGCAGCACAGAAGCAGAAGGUGGUGGAGAAGGAAGCAGAGACAGAAAGGAAGAAAGCCCUCAUCGAGGCAGAAAAGGUUGCACAAGUUGCCGAAAUAACUUAUGGACAGAAAGUGAUGGAAAAGGAAACAGAGAAGCGAAUUUCAGAGAUUGAAGAUGCUGCAUUUCUUGCGAGAGAGAAGGCGAGAGCUGAUGCCGAAUGCUACACAGCUAUGAAGGUGGCUGAGGCUAACAAGCUGAAGUUAACUCCCGAGUACUUGCAGCUGAUGAAAUACAAGGCUAUCGCAGCGAACAGCAAGAUAUAUUUUGGCAAAGAUAUUCCCAACAUGUUCAUGGACUAUGCAGGAAGCCAGACCAAAUUUGCAGAGGGACUGGCAGAAGGAAUCCAAGAAGAGGACGGGGCGGGAACCAGUGAGGACGCAAAACUGCUUCAUAAUGUCAACUGAAAAGAAAGAUUUCUAUUCGUUUUAUAUCAGAAGAAACAGAACUGGGAAGUUCCUUUUUGUUUUCCCCCUUUCCUGUACUGAAAGAGACGAAUCAGACUUAUUCCUUUGAAUCUUUUGUAUGACAAUUAGACACAAAGACUUUGGUAUUUAUGGGGUGUUUUUUUCUGGUAACUUCUAAGCAGCCAGCUCCAAGCGUGUCCUCUAGGUGCACCUCUCCCUGCUCUUGGACAUAAAGACCAAAUUAUCAUGGAGAGGGCAGCUAGAGUAUCUGUUUGGCAGCCAGCUUAGAUGAGUACUUAAUUUUGGAUUUAGGUGGUUUGUAGCAGUGGGAAGAAAAGAAAUUUUGAGGUUUUGGAGAGAGAGAAGUUGCUGCUACAACUUGUUUUGGCUUUUUUUUUUUUUUUUUCUUGUUGGAAAUUUCAAGUACUUUAUUUCAAACCCCUUUAAAAAAAAUAGAAAAAAAGGUGCUAGACUUUUGUACACUACACGUGGCUGCUUGAAGGCCCCGACCUGGUCCAAACGGCCGGCGGUGGCCCGUUGUGUGGGGCGCUGGGAGGGUGUAAGGGCCCGUGUGUGGGCUCUGUGCCCACCCCCAGCACGGGCUGCAUCAAAUGCACCAAAACUACCUUCAACCCAAGGUCUGAGCCGACGUGUUUGGCUUCAGUGGGGCAGCCGAGACCCCCCUGGUGCACGGUGAGGUACAGGAGCUCAGCUGAAAUCCCACAGGUUUCCUAGUUCCCUUGGGGGGGGUUGAUCUGAGCCUUAGACCACGUGUCACGCAGGUAGUGGCCCAAACUCUUCAUUUUCUGCAUUUUAACACUGCUUUGUUUUCCAUGUGUCAUAUUUUGGGGAGGGCAAAAGGGGGGGAAUGUGUUUUUGAGGCCUUUCCCAGCAGUUCAGCUGCGAAGGGAGGGCUGGGCUGGUGGGGACAGUCCUGCCAGUGGGUAAGGGGAGCUGAUUUUUGUGAAACCAGGCUGCGAGCACGGUACUUCUCACCGACAUCGUAGUUAGAAAAACUAGGGAGAAAAAGAAAUUUUUGUCUCAGGGACCCUGACUUAGCAAAAGGCCUUGCUGGCGAGUAACGGCUCGAGUGACCGGUCCCGCGGUCGUUCCAGCAGGUUACUUGCCCCUGCGAGACCAGCUGAUUUCAGUGUUUACAGUGUCUUACUAGAAAGAGGACAUUCAGGUGUACUGAAAGGAACAGAACAGAGUUACUGUUGGAUUUGGAUUUUUUUUUUUUUUUUCUGAGUAGACCUCGGGAAAGGAAGAUUUCCUGGUAGCAAAGGACAUAAAACAUCAUACUGAAAAGUCACAGGGUGAAGAAAAGACUCUGGACUGUCCAAAGAUAAAUUUUCUUUUUUUUUUUUUCCUUUACUCAGAACAGUGCUAUAUUAUGUACCUUUCCUUUCAGAAAACUUUGCAUACCAGAUGCAAAGAGGUAAUAGGGUUUUGUUUUGCACACAUGCAAAACUUGAGGGGGUGUUAAAGACAAAAGUUCAGGCCUAGAGAGAACAUGGGGUUUUUUUUCUCUCCCUAAUCCAUCUGCUGCUUGGCAGAAGAGCCUGUUUAUUAAUUGCUGGUACAAUUUGUGGCCAAUGUACCAGUAUGAGAUGAUGCCAGUGUGAGUGUGAACUUAGUUGUCAGGGACCAGCCUAUUGAAAUUUACAAUCUCGUGCCCUGAACGCUUGCUGCCUACUGCACUUGGUGUCACUCCUCAGUGUUUUAAAUACGCAUUAGUCUUUUUAAUAAGGCAGUCACACUAAGAGAGAAAUCUGAUGGAUUUCAGCUGCUGGUUCCAGUAUUUUUUACUUUGGUUUUCUUUUCCCUGUUAGGGGAGUGACUGUUCACGCAUGAAAAUGCAAAAUAAAAGAUAAAAGUCAGUUUCUGCUGGAGAGAAGUCCCAUCUCCUGUGUGAUGUCUUUGUAUUUGUUGGAAAAUAGGAGCCGAGGGAAGUUCCAUCUCCAGGCGUAUGCGCUACAUGAGACACAGUGCUCAAAAAAUUGCAUUAAUAGGUAGGCUGUAACAUUUACUGACUUCUAUAAAUGGGUCUCUGCAGGAAGAUUCUCAACGGGAGUAGCAGAAACUGAGGAAUGAGGUAAUAGUAUCUAAACCUUUGAGGAUGACCUCAUUUGGGAUUGUUCUAUGUUCAUGUUAGAGAAUUCCACUAGUAACUAAACUCCAGGUUUUACGCAAGUAUUUUUCAGUAAUGAAGAGAGACAGAUAAACCAAAAUGGUAUUAUGAAGUAAUUUUUUGUAUGACCUCAUGGUAAGACAGUAGUUUGGAAUUUAUAGUUCUUAAUGAUUUUUUUAAUUGAAAACAUUACUGCUAAAGUAUUAUUGGAAUUUAAAUUGUAAUAACAGUAAAAAAGCAAAAACAAAGUUGCAAUGGUACCAGCCUUCACAAGCCAAAAUCCAGUGUUGCUUUUCAUUCAAGUUUCUUCAUUAUAUGUAUAAUUUCCUUAAUUUUCCAGAGUAGAUCUGUCACUACCUGUAAAUCUUUAUUCGAUCUAUCUCUUUAACUGGCAUUUUGUCCUAAUUUCUAUAAUCUGAAAUCUUGAAGAUCUGAAUCUUAAAACCACUCCGUGUAACAAACAAACCAGAGGUUUGUGGCACUGCUGAUCCCUGAGAAUUGCUGGUGGGAGCAUGGGAAUGCUUUACCGGUACAGUCUUUGAUCAUCUUAUGUAUUGAAUUAAAAGCCUUUUUAUUUUGGUAUUUGCUAUGACAAUAAAAUGGCCUUCAGUUUUAA